UUUAGUGAGAAGAAAUCCAGAGACCGUCAAUAGAGGCUCGUCUUCUACCGCACGGAAUACCGGUAGGUUUUGUAAAACAAAAAGAAACUUAACAGGACAGACAAACUCAAAACUUCACAAACUCCAACAGGCUUUCAAACAAGAGGCAGAUCAUCAGGUCACAGCACUCUCUAGGUUCCUCAAUACACCUUACGUAUCACGUCAAUGCAAAGUGCUCCUUAUCCUGAUCCCAAAGCUGUGUGUUGGCUUUUGCCAGGGUGACAGCGUCGCCAAGAUUAUAGAUCCUAUCAGCAGAACUGGGGGAGGGGCUGUCGAUUUAUUUCAUUUUUUGUGUGAGCAUUGUGUGGACUGUUCAGCUAUUGGUUGACAGCUGGAGAAAUCAUGUAGUGGACCCUCUGUCGGGGGGGUGGACAGUUUCUUUGGGUCACGAUGGUUCUACACACAUCACCCUUUUCCAGUGCCUUCCUCAGGUUCCUGCACUCUCUGUCCUGGGGUCUAAUUUUCCCAUGCUUCUGGUUAUUUGACCGAUUGCUGGCAUCUUUCCUGGCCACAACAUAUGAGAAGCGUCAGCACUCGGAGGACCCCUGCUACUUCCGUGCACUCUGCAUUCUCAUCUCUACGCCGCUCUACUUGGCGUUGGUGGUAGCAACACUUCCGUUUGCAUUCCUGGGAUUCCUACUCUGGGCUCCCCUUCAGGCAGUCAGGAGGCCUUACAUCUACUCCGAGUGGGGACGGGCAGACAAGAACCGUGCAGAGCAAGGCAACGCCGGGACAACCAUCAAUGACUGGAAGGCUUCAGGAAAGAGCUUUUGCUUCUGCUCAGCCAAUGUGUGCCUGCUACCAGACUCCUUAGCCCGCUUCAAUAACCUCUCAGACACACAAGGCCGAGCCAAGGAGGUGGGAAAGCGGAUCAGCAAUGGAGCUAGUCGCCCACAGAUUAAAAUCUACAUCGACUCACCCACCAACACCUCUAUCAGCGCUGUCAGCUUUACUAGCUUGGUCUCACCCCAGGGAGGUGGAGAGGUACCCAAUAAGGUGGCUUCGGUUGCAGGUGGCGUCAGGAGCAUGUCUUUAACGGAGUACAAACAUGAGAGCAAUGGGGAGGCAGAAAAAGAGCCAGAGGAAAGCAGCAGCAGUAAUUUGCAGGGACUGGAGCAAGAGAACACCCCUUUAAAUGAGCCGGACUCAACUUCAGGGGUUCAGAUUAGCAUCAGCGCCCCGGUACCCUUGAAUGAACAGGAACCAGAGGAUGGCCAGACGCCCAAUGACAAGCUGAAGGAAGGGGAUUCAGGCAGCCUUGACAGCAGAACUGAAUCCAGAGAUUCCCUGGUAAAGUUCCACAUUAGCGACAGCAAUGCAGUCAACAACAAGUUGGUGUACCGGGCCUCCAUGAUCAAGAAGGCUUUGGUCAGGAAGAGGCGACAUGCAGACGACUCUUUUGAUCAUGAGAUAUCUGCCUUUUUUCCUGCCAACCUGGACUUCCUUUGCCUGCAGGAAGUCUUUGACAAGCGUGCGGCUGAGAAGCUAAAGAACCAGCUGCACCACUACUUCCAGCACGUGAUCUACGACGUGGGCUGCUACGCCUGGAAGGGUUGUGGCCCUUUCAAAUUCCUCAACAGCGGACUUCUUCUGGCAAGCCGCUACCCUAUCCUGGAUGCAUCAUACCGCUGCUUCCCCAAUGGACGGGGGGAGGAUGCACUGGCGGCCAAGGGGGCUCUUUUCGUCAAGGUGCAUGUGGGAUCUACAUCUCAGGAUCAAAGAAUUGUGGGAUAUAUUUCCUGUACUCACCUGCAUGCUUCGGCAGCGGACUGUGCAGUUCGUUGUGAGCAGCUUGAUCUGCUUGUCGACUGGCAGUCCGAAUUCAUAAAAUCUACCUCCCGUCCUGCUGGGGCAGACAGUCCUGAGGACAUGGUGGCAUUCAACGUGAUUUGUGGGGACCUGAAUUUCGACAACUGCUCAUCAGAGGACAAGCUGGAGCAGCAGCACUCCCUGUUCACCCGCUACAAGGACCCCUGCCGACUGGGACCUGGGGAGGACAAACCGUGGGUCGUGGGAACACUCCUGGAUCCAUCUGGGCUCUAUGAUGAAGAAGUCAGUUCUCCAGAGAAUCUACAAAAAAUCAUGGAGAAUGAAGAGGGGAGAAAGGAAUAUCUGGUAUAUCCGACCAACAAGAACCACGGCUCCAAUCAAAAGGGUCGGAAGUUACCACUCAAGGGCAGUGGGAGGAGAAUUGACUACAUAUUGUACACCGAGGAAGGACUUCAGCCUGAAUGGAAAGUGGAUAUUGAAGAGUUUAGCUUCAUCACCCAAUUGGCAGGGCUGACCGAUCACCUGCCUGUAUCAAUGCGUCUGACAGUCUCAACCGGAGAGGAGGAACCUUAGAAACACAGAGAGACUGAGAAAACAAGAGAGAGACAAAUGGGGGGAGAGGGGCAGACUGUUCAGGAGAACACUGCUCAGCAGGAGACUUGAAGCAAAGACAAGAGAGGAGGGUAGAACUUUCUUACAGUGCCUGGCAGGCAAGCUUACCCCAACCUUGCACCUCUUUUAAGGCCACAUUUUGUUUGGCUAACCUAUUGUGAUGUUACAUGGACGGAAGAGGCUAUCCAGACUGUUUCUUAUUGCCAGGCCCUGGCUUCUUUUUUGGGCAUACUCAAGGAGGACUCUUUGAGACCGCAAAGACGAGAGAAGGAGAACACCUUAUCCAUUUCGUUGGACCAGUGCCAUUAUUAUAAUUAUUAUCAACACAGAAAGUUAUUUUCUACCAGUAGAUAGCACAAUUCAGUUUGUAACACAUCUGCAGCUAAAUGUUUUCUGUUUUCUUUGUCGCAUUCUUUUGAAGUCUCAAAAACGUUUCCUUUUUUUAAAACAUAAAUCUUUAAAUGUUAAUGCUAGCAUGCUGUUGGAAUGAGAUGAAGUUGCAUGCAACACAAAGUAGGUAGUACUCCCUAGCAACAGGAAUGUUUUCAUUGGUUCAGCAGUGGCAAAAUCCUCCUUUCUGAUUGGAAAGCCAAUUGCUGGGCAGCAUCUGUUCCCUUCCCACAAUCUGCAGGGGAACUUCUUUGCCAAACUUUUUAGAAUUUACAUAGUGUUGCCUAAUUCUGACUCCAAAAACAUCUCAAAUUUAAUUCUGGGAGCUUUAUGCUUUUUUUGGAAGCUCUAUCCCAAUAGCACAAUCUUUGGCAUGUGUCCCUCGUGACUAAGGGAUGAGAUGUGUAGUCUGUGUGUCCCUCUGUUAGUGCUUCAUUUCCAUAUCCUUGUCUCCAAGGUGCUGGUAAGACCAGUUCAGUGGUGUGAUGUGCUGUCAUGGUGCUACUGUGCGAGAUGUAGCGUAUUUUCAAAAACAAAACGAUUAACGCAUAGUGCAAAGAAAGUAAACCCAAGGGAUUCAAUUAGGAAGAGCAGGGAAAAAAAGUAUUUUGUGAUUGCACAUUGCAUUGUUUGUUAUGCUAUGCAAAUUCCCAGGUGAACAAACCUUAUAGAAUUGCCAAAAAAUCUAACAAUAUGUAGAGGGAGAUUUAAUAUGUUUUUCUGGUAUUUUAUUGGAUAUUCUAUUGUUUUUAGGCAUCCCCAUAAAGGAACUGCCUUGUUUUUGUAAAUCUACCUAAGGUGCCACUAUCACAGCUCGUGGGUCCUGUUCACAAAACUGUUAAGAUUGCUUUGUGGGGGCUCCCGAGUGGCGCAUCUAAUAAAGGCGCUCCUUGUGGAGUGUAGGAUGUGCCCUAUAGUCUGGACAUCACAAGUUCAAGUCCAGGCUAUUCCGACCGAGGACGGGAGCUUCCAGGGGGCGGCGCUCAAUUGGCCGAGCGCCACCCGGGGGGAGGGAGGGUUAGGUCAGCCAGGGUGUCCUCGGCUCACCGCGCACCAGUGACCCCUGUAGUCUGGCCGGGCGCCUGCGGGCUUGCCUGUAAGCUGUCCCGAGAGCUGCGCUGUCCUCCGACGCUGUAGCUCUUGGAUGGCUGCAUGGUGAGUCCGCAGUGUGAAAAACAGCGGUCGGCUGACGGCACACGCUUCGGAGGACAGCAUGUGUUCGUCUUCGCCCUCCCGAGUCAGCGCAGGGGUGGUAGUGGUGAGCUGAGCCUAAAAAUAACUGGCCAUUCCAAAUUGGGGAGAAAAUAAUAAAAAAAAUAAUUGGCAAGGUCUAAAUUAAAAAAAAAAAAAAAAAGAUUGCUUUGUUUUUCUCAAGCCAAUUUUGAUUAAUUAAAACAAGUUUGCAGUUCAGAAAAUCUUUUUCAACUGUUUUAGAGAGAGAAGUUUAUUCUCACUUAUUUUCAAAGCACUUUUAACCUUAGAGAACCACUCUCAAAGUUUUGAAUAGGGCCUACAUCUCAUAAACUGUUAAGAUAUGGCUUCGUAUUUUCAGUGUUUUGGAAACUCCUCAGGCAAAAUGUAAGAUACCGUUUUACCUGUGACCUGAUAUAGCUGACAGAAUUUGAUCAUGUGAGUUUUGGUUUCAAGAUGACAAUUACCAAGUGUUUUGUGAUACCUGCUUGUUCAGUACACCUGUAUUACAUGUUUCUCAAGGUCAGGUUUGAUCAUGGGUAUCGUCCUAUAGAAAGUAUGUCCAUUUUGUAGAUGCAGCAGCUGCCUCAUAUCUUUAUAAAUACCAUAAUUUUAAGGUAAAUAUGUCAGUGACUUGUCCUUGUCUUCUGACCAGUUAUUUUUUGCUGCCUCAUUGAGGUCAUCUGACUUUUUAGGUUUCAGCCUCACAGACAGCAUAUGUUGAUAUAUUGUCUUAAUAUUUGGUAUCCAUUUGUAUUCUAUUAUUGUCUGAGUAAAGUUCCAUUAUGGUUAACAUUAAUCUACUGCUGGUAAUAUCAGUAGUAGAGACCACACUUCACAUUUGGCACAAAGCUGUUUACAAGCCAAAAGUGCUUUAUGAGCCCCCCUGAGCUUAUCGUUUGUCCAGUUACACACAUUUCUGGUUGUAUGUGGUGUUUUAGUUACUUGGUAUUGACUGUCAAAGUCAUACAUUAUAAAAUCUCAGUAGCACAGGUCAUUACAGUCAUGGUUCUGGUAGCAUUUGCAGUGUUUAUAUUUUAUUAUUAUGGAAACUGAUACAUCACAUCAGCAAGAAGCAUGGUUACGAAAAUGAUGCACUAGAGGAUGGAUUGUAUUAUGUGUUUACCAUUGAUUCCUGUGGGAAGGAAUGAGACUCACGCAGAAGGAAACCAAUCAGUGAAAUGUCCUGUUUAUGGUCUGCAUGCUCUUUGUACGAUACUCUAAAAAGCUUUUAAUCUUUCCUAAGAUACUGUAGAACAUACUUUUUUUUUUUUUUUUUUUUUUAAAUGAUCCUGAAUAGUCAGGAACAGCUUUGUUAUGAAUGGUAGAGUGAUGUUUUAUAGCCUAUCGUUAUACAAAGUAUAUUUCUUCUGCUUUUUAAAACUAUUUCAUCUUC